AUGGCUAGAUUCAGCGCCAGGCGACCUGGCGAGCCUCCCCUGGACCUGGGUCAUAUCCCCUGGUUGGGCUAUGCCUUGGAGUUUGGAAAAGAUGCUGCCAGCUUCCUCACCAGGAUGAAGGAGAAGCAUGGUGAUAUCUUUACUGUGCUGGUGGGGGGCAGGUAUGUCACUGUCCUCCUGGACCCACACUCCUACGACUCGGUGGUGUGGGAGCCUCACACCAACUUGGAUUUCCACGCCUAUGCCGUCUUCCUCAUGGAGAGGAUUUUUGAUGUGCAGCUUCCGCACUACAACCCCAGCGAUGAAAAGGCCAAGAUGAAACCGACCCUCCUCCACAGAGACCUGCAGUCGCUCACAGAAGCCAUGUAUAUCAACCUCCGCACUGUCCUGCUGGGCGACACCGCAGAAGAGGGCAGUGGCUGGCAUGAGAUGGGUCUCCUCGAUUUCUCUUACAGCUUCUUGCUCAGGGCCGGCUACCUGACUCUGUACGGAGUCGAGGCGCUGCCACGGACCCAUCAGAGCCAGGCCCAGGACCGCGCCCACUCAGCGGACCUCUUCCACGCCUUCCGCCAGCUCGACCUGCUGCUCCCCAAAUUGGCGCGUGGCUCCCUGUCCGUGGGGGACAAGGACCGUGCGUGCAAAGUCAAAGCCCGCCUGUGGAAGCUGCUGUCCCCAGUGAGGCUGGCCACCCGCGCCCACCGGAGCGCCUGGCUGGAGAGUUACCUGCGGCACCUGGAGGAGCUGGGCGUGUCCGAGGAGAUGCAGGCGCGGGCCAUGGUGCUGCAGCUCUGGGCCACGCAGGGGAACAUGGGCCCAGCUGCCUUCUGGCUUCUGCUCUUCCUCCUCAAGAAUCCCCAGGCCCUGGCUGCCGUCCGUGAAGAACUCGAGAACGUCCUGUGCCGAGCAGAGCAGCCUAUCUCGCAGAUGACCACCCUGCCACAGAAGGUUUUAGACAACAUGCCUGUGCUCGACAGCGUGCUGAGUGAGAGCCUCAGGCUCACGGCCGCGCCCUUCAUCACCCGCGAGGUCGUGGUGGACCUGACCAUGCCCAUGGCAGACGGGCGGGAAUUCACCCUGCGACGUGGUGACCGCCUCCUCCUCUUUCCAUUCCUGAGUCCCCAGAAGGAUCCAGAAAUCUAUACAGACCCAGAGGUAUUUAAAUACAACCGAUUCCUGAAUCCUGAUGGAUCAGAGAAGAAAGACUUUUACAAGGAUGGGAAGCGACUGAAGAAUUAUAGCAUGCCCUGGGGAGCAGGGCACAACCAGUGCCUGGGGAGGGGCUACGCCAUCAGCAGCAUCAAACAAUUCGUGUUCCUUGUGCUGACGCACUUUGACCUGGAGCUGGUCAACCCCAAUGUGGAGAUCCCCGAGUUUGACCUCAGCAGAUACGGCUUCGGGCUGAUGCAGCCGGAACAUGACGUGCCCAUCCGUUACUGCAUCCGGCCGUGAGCAGACCAGGCUCCACAUGCUCGCCCCCACCCAGCCCGCGCCCCAAUCGCCCAACUUUCUGUGCCCACAUCCGGCCUGGGUGCAGA